CCCUCUGAUAAAACAUAAUAGGAGAAGCUCGGACUUGCUUUGCCUUUCUUUUGGCCUUUUAGAGCCUCUUCAGCACCUGACCGUGUUUCUGUGUCUAUUCUUCUGGCUGCAGAGAGAGGACACACAAUGUUCACACUGUUUGUGCUCCUGCUUUGUGCGGCCUCAUCUAUCUCUACCAAAGGUGCUGCUGCUGCUGGACCCCGACUGAACAACGACCAGCUGUACAAAUUCAGCUACACCACAGAGGUGCUGGUGGACAGAGCUAGGUCAAAAGAGGGCAGCGCUGGCUACAAGAUCUCAAGUGAUGUAGAAGUCAACCUUGUGUGGAGAGAUCCCAGCAGUGAAGACGAUCAACUCAUUCAACUAGCAAUUUCAAAUGUGAGGAUCGAGCCGGUGUCCCAUCGAUCACAGAAGAAGAACGUCCUCCAUGGAUCCUCGACAGAAAGUGUUUUAGGGAAGACCAAGCUAGAAGCCCUGACAAAACCAUUCUUUGUCCAUCUGAGAAAUGGAAAGACAAAAGCAUUUUAUUCCUACCGGGCCGAACCUGCAACCAUCAAAAACCUUAAAAGAGGCCUGGCCAGUUUGAUGCAAGUACAGCUCAACAGUGGGAAGGUUAUUGAGAAUGAUGUGUCAGGAAGAUGCACAGUUGAGUAUAAGGCAGCCAAAGGUCAAGUGAUGAGAACCAAGAUCCUGGGGACAUGCAAGACCCCAGAGACUGGAUUCACCACUCACAGUCAGGUCCUAGGUGUGAGCAGGAAGUCCAGUUCAGUUACAACAUUCACACUUGAAGAUGGUUUCAUCCACUCAGUCUCUGCUGAAGAAAUGCACACAUUAGGUGUGAACGCCCGCAGAUCUACUGCAGCUAAAGUCAUAUCCAGGCAAACCCUUACAUUGGUAGGCGUUGAGGCUGGACCACUGGAGGCUGCAGGAAAAGAGGUGACUGAUGUUGUCAAGUCAAUCGAUCCUAAACUGGCAGCUCUGGGUAUCAUUGCAGAGAAGGUCAAAUCACAGUGCAAAGGCUGUCCAUCACUUUUUGAACAUUGGCAGGCUCAACAGAAGCAGCUGGAGCCGGCGAGCCUGUCCAAAGCCACGGCUCCUCGUAGCUUCCUGGCCCUCAUCCAAAGCAUUAGGAAGGCGUCCAAGGACGAGAUCCUCAAAGUGCUGAAGAGUGCCAGCAAGACCUCUCUACCUCAGGUGGUGGAUUCAGUGACCUCCGCGCAGACUGUUGCAUCUUUGGAUGCCAUGCUAGAGUUUCUUAACUUUACUGAUGCCAAAGGUUUAGUUCUGCAGGAGAGGUUCCUCUAUGCAUGUGGCUUUGCUUCACAUCCUAAUGAAAGGAUGCUCCAAGCUCUGCUGGAUAUUUCAAAAGGAAAGAUCAGCAGCACUGACAUCAAAGAGUCAGUGGUGAUCAUCAUGGGAGCUCUGGUUCAUAAGCUGUGUCAGAAAGGAGGAUGCAAUCUACCGGUAGUAGAGCAGGUAAAGAAGCUGAUAUUAGGAGGUCCUGACAGCACCCAGGUGGAGUCUGAGGUCCAGAUGUAUCUUCUGGCUCUGAAGAACUCCAUGCUUCCUGAAGCAAUACCCAUCUUUACUAAAUAUGCCGAGUCAGAGGUGGGAGCUUACAGCACAAUCGCCCUCACUGCCCUGCAGAGAUACGAUGUCAGUCUCAUGACAGAAGAGGUUAAGCAGACAGUUAACAGGGUUUAUCACCAGAAUCGACGCAUUUAUGAGAAAAACGUGAGAGCUGCAGCUGCUGAUGUUAUCCUGAGCAGCAACCCUUCAUACACUGAAGUCAAGAAUCUGCUUUUGUCUAUUGGCAACCUGCCUCAUGAAAUGAACAAGUACAUGCUGUCUAAGAUCCAGGACAUCCUCCGUUUUGAGUUGCCUGCAAGCAAAGUUAUAAGGCAAGCUAUGAAGGACAUGAUCUCCCGUAACUAUGACCGUUUUUCAAAGGUGGGAUCUUCAUCUGCAUACUCAGGAUUCAUGGCACAGUCUGUUGAUGUGACCUCCACAUACAGUUUGGACAUCCUGUAUUCAGGCUCUGGGAUCCUGCGGAGAAGCAAUAUGAAUAUUUAUGGUGCUAGUGAAGGAGCGAUGCUACAUGGACUACAGGUUGCCAUUGAGGCGCAGGGUCUGGAGUCCCUGAUUGCUGCCACACCUGAUGAGGGCGAGGAGGACUUGGAGUCAUUUGCUGGCAUGUCUGCUCUACUAUUUGAUGUCCAGCUUCGGCCCGUCACCUUCUUCAAGGGUUACAGUGACCUCAUGUCCAAAAUGUUCUCCAUGACUGGAGACCCCAUGAAUGUAGUGAAGGGUCUCAUCCUACUGACUGAUCACUCUGAGGUGAUCCAGCUGCAGUCUGGUCUGAAGGCAGGUGCAGAGUUCCAGGGAGGGUUGGCCAUUGACAUCUCCGGAGGCAUGGAGAUCAGUCUGUGGUACAGAGAGUCCAAGACCAGUGUCAACAACAGGGGCGCAUUAGUGGUCACUGGCAACAUAACAGUGGAUAUGGACUUUGCGAGGGCAGGUGUGGAGGUCAGCUUUGAAACAGAAGCAUCAUUGGACUUCAUCACCACUGUCCAGUUUUCUGAAUACCCCUUCCUGGUUUGCAUGCAGAUGGAUAAAACUACCUUCCCUGUCAGUGAGUACCUCACCAAGUAUGAAAGCUUGCCAUCAGGGAAGAGCAUUGUGUCGCAUAAGAGCAAGAAGCUAAUUGUUCCAGGCUCUGAAUUCCCUCUCCACCAGGAGAACUCAAAUAUGUGCAAGAAAGUUUUUGACUCUAGCUGGUAAAUGAGACAUCAUGGACUAACCUGGAGUGAGUUGUCAUUCUAAUGGGUAGAAUAUUAGCAUUUAAAGAGGAUCUAUUGCAUCCAGGGAUAGUUAUCACACCUCAGCCUCAUGCAGUGAAAAACCAUAAGAGAGAAUGUGAUUAAUCUUUUUAAACACACAAUGUUUACAUUCUUGUGGAUAUUUAAGUCAUUGUAAUUGGAGUUUGUUUAAAUUUAGGAAUUUUUGCAUUGUCAUUUUAUGGAUUUCCUUCCUUUAUUUAUGAUGGGCACAUACAGGGGGUGAAAUAUUUCAUUUGGUGGGUGUUAAAUAUCUGCAUUGUAAUUUCCCAAACAGUUACAGUAAAGAUGAACAUGUUAAUACCCACUGGACACAGUGGAUUUUCUUUUCCCAGUGAAUAACGCUCCUUUCUGUCUGCAUUUCUUUGUUUUAUAAUUAAAUGUGUUUACUGUGGAGUAGAAAUGUAUGUUUUUAUGUCACUGCAUCACUCACACUUGAAAUAACUUAUUACUUAUUAGGCAGAUGAAAAUACAAUUAUUAAUUUUUAAAUUAACUGAAAUGUUUUUUUGUAUUUGGCUGUAAUUUCUCUUUGUCUGAAAGAAGCAGGCUGGUUUGAAGAUUUCUACUCUCCAACAUUGUGUUUCCAUAUAACAGGAUCCUUUUGUAAGAUCUGGUUGGAAAUAAAAAUACA